CCGGCGGCAAGAUGUGGCUCCUGGAGCGGCUGCGCGGCGUGGCGGAGAACGGCGGGUCCCGGGGCUCGGAGGACUCCCCGCGGGGGUCCCGCUACAGUAACGUCCUCACCCCCGACAAGAUCCCCGACUUCUUCAUCCCGCCCAAGCUGAGCGCGGCACCUGCUGAGGCCGAGGGCUCUGAGACCCCCCCAGCGCCUACCCUGGGCCCCUCUGCCUCGGAGCAGGACCUGGCCAGACGCAAGUCCCCGCGCAGCCCCCGGCCAUCCAGCCGGUCACGGUCCCGGGCCGCCGGCCGGCACAUCAUCCAGAUCGAGAGUGCCGAGGACUGGACGGCCGAGGGGGCCUUCGGCACCAACGUGGACCCGCAGGCGCAGACGGCCAUGUCACUGCCCUACGUGCCCAAGGCACAGACCUCCUACGGCUUCGCCACGCUGGUGGAGAGCCCCCACACGCGGCGCAAAGAGUCACUCUUCCACAGUGAGCACAGCAGCCUCUGCCCCUCACCGGCCACCUCGCCCAGCACCCAGCGUAGAGCCAAGCUCAAUGGUGAGAGUGGCCCUCGGGCACCCACCGACCUGGGCGCAGCCCUCAUGCACCCCAGUCGCUACUUCAGUGGUGGCGAGAGCGACACGUGCUCCUCGGCCGAGUCCUCGCCCUUCGGCUCCCCGCUGCUCUCCCGCUCGGUCUCCCUGCUGAAGAUCUUCAGCCAGGAAAGCCAGUCCAAGGUCAUCAAGCUGAAGCACUCGGUGGCCCGUAACAGCUCCCUGUCCACUGAUGACAGCUCAGCUGACACCAGCCCCAGCGCCCAGCGCCGCGCCAGGAGUGCCCCGGCUGGGGGGCAGCCGCCCACUGCCCUGCUGCCCCUGGACCUGCCGCCCGGCCGUGACCGGGAGCACAGCCUGCGGCUCAGCCGGGGUGGGAGCCUGCGCCUGGCUGCUGAGUACGACCCCUCCAACGCCCGGCUGCGUGUGCGGCUUGUCUCUGCUGAGGACCUCUACGAUGCCCUCUUCGACGUGCGCAGCAUCAACUGCUGUGUCUCGCUGUGCCUCAACCCCGGGAAGCUGCAGAAGCAGCGCAGCACCAUCGUCAAGAACAGCCGCAACCCCAUCUUCAACGAGGACUUCUUCUUUGACGGGCUGGGCCCCGGCCAUGCCAGGAAGAUGUCCCUGAAGCUCAAGGUAGUCAACAAGGGCAGCAGCCUUAAGCGGGACGUGCUGCUGGGGGAGAAGGAGCUGCCACUCACCACCCUCCUGUCCUGCCUGUAGGUGCUUGCUGCCAGCCCCCGAGGGAGCCUGCCUGCCUGUGGGGCUGGGGCGAGGCAGGGAGGCUGGCCCUGUCCCCCAGCCCCACUGGAGGAGGGUUUGGAAGGGCCCCUUGGAGGAGGGAUGGGGCUGUGGCGCAGUGUGGCGGUCCCCAGGAGUGGUGCUGCCAGCAGCCCUCCCACAGCAGGGCCGGCAGCCACAGCCUUUCCCCUCUGCUUCCUCCUGGGGCUGCGUCUCCUGGAGCCCAUCAGGAAGCAGGGAGCCACCAGCCCCAUCUCUGCUGGGAAGGAUGUGUGUCACCUGCUGGGCUCUUCCCUCCCUGGUGCCCAUGGUCUCCAGCUGGCCAGCAUGAAGGUUGGAGGUGGGUAGAUCUCUGUAGCAUACUUACUGCCACCUCUCUCAAAGCCCCAGCUCCUGGAGUCAGGUGAUAGCAUCUAUUUGAGCUUUAACUUAAAAGACAAGUUUCUAGUCUUGGAAACCGCAGAGAAAAUACUGCAAAAAUACUGCAGAGGUGACCCGAGAGGGGGCCAAGGGAGGUCACCGUCAGGGAUGAGUCAGGUUUGUGGGUUUUGUACCUUUCCUGGACUCUUCCCAGCUCUGUGGAACUGUGCAGAUGUGCACAGAUGCUUGGUCUGACACCCACAGCCUCCCAGGGCACCCUUGCUGCUCCCACCAGCAGUGUCCCCUGUUGCUGAUCCCCAGAGGGAAACAGCUCAUGGAGCUUCGGGGGCUUUGGGUUUGACCAAAUCCAGGAGACUGCCUGUCCCCUGCCUGCAGGACAGAGAUGCUGGGGGCUGGCACUGCCAUGGGGGGGGACGGGGCCUGGCACCCCUCGCCCUGGGCACAUAGGUGGCCCUGGGCAGUGUCCCAGCAGCCGUGCUUGCUGACAAAAGCCAAGGUGGCAGGAAUAGCUCUCCCUGAGUGCUGGCAGUCUGGCUGGUACUGGGGACAUCCCCGGGUGUCCCUGGGCAGGGGGGAAGCCUGAGGCUCCCCUACCCUCUGCCCUCCCUCACCUGUGGGGCCUCGGGAUUGUGAGCGGCUGCUCCCGCCAGGCAGGAGGGACAUCUCCUGUGGGGCUACGAAGCCCCUGUGCCCAGCGAGACCCAGCUCCCCCAGUCCCUGGCUCAGCAGUUUCUCUUUGCCAGGGAGCGAGAUGCUCUUACCCCUUCCCAUCCCUCCCUGCCAUCCUGGCUGACCGGCCGGAGGCACUGGGAGCGGGGGAGAGAUGCCGGCCAGGGCACUUCUGCGGGUGGAUAAACCUUGUUGUUGUUCGGUGUGGUGUUACCCAUUGCAUUGGGCUCUGCAUGUUUCCAUGGAAGGGAGCAGAAUUUGCAGUGCUCCUGUCCCUGCCUGUUGCAGCACGCGUGGACACACACGCACACACGUGUCCCUCUGUGUUAACCUCUGUCGGUGGCAGUUGAUGUUCCUUCCUUGUCCUUUGCAACAGAUGGCACAUUUCAGUGUUGGCUAUUUAUAUCUGAGGCUGAUCUUUCCCAGCGUGUUUUACUUCUGUCUGUAAAUAUGUUUCAGGUACACGAGGCAUGGUUCUGAUAGUGUGGUGUUUGCAUGUCGGGGGGAUUUGGGGUGAUCGUGGCUGUUUGUUUGAGCUUGUGGCUGAAACCAAACCGUGCAGGAUGUAAAGGAGCAGACACGUCCCUCCUUUUGGGGGGUGGGGUGGGGGGGUGUCCCACCUGAGGCUUCCCACCGCUCCCCCAGGAGCCAACAUGAGGGGCGCUCCCCAGCCCCCGAGUGCCCAGGCUCGCUUGGGGUGAGGGGGGGCAGAUGGGGGCUCUGCAGAGGGGGAGAUGGGUCACAUCCCUGGGCUGGGGGCAAACAUCCUGCCCCUGAGCAGACCUGGGGCAGGAAGGGGACACUACACAGCUGGCUGCUGCCCCACAGCCCUGUGUGCCCCUUGCCAGCACCCCCUGCUCGCUGGGGUGCUCUGCCUGCAAGGGACCACUGGGACCCCAGCACUGCUGGGGUGAGGGGGACCCAGCAGGCUGCAAGGGGAGGGGGAACAGGAGCUGGGCAAAGAUUUUGGUGCUCUGUGAGAGGGUUGGGGGGUGACACAUCCCCCAUAGCAAAGCUGUGUGCCUUUGGGGAAGGGGGAUACUGAGAGCAGGGACCCAGGCUGCUCCUUGGCUUGGGGCUGGC